GCCGACAUAACGGUGAGUAUUGAGCCAGGCAUGCGCCACCGUUCAACUCCGCCUUUGCCCGACUACGGCAGUGUCGAGUACUGGGACAAUCGGUACAUCGAGGCCGGCAACCAAGCGUCGUUCGAGUGGUUUUUCCCGUACAAAGACGUUCAAGGGUCGUUGGAGUCGUAUUUGCGACCGGACAAGUCACUGGAGCGGGUGUUGGUGCUCGGGUGCGGCACGAGCGCGCUUGGCGCAGACCUCCGCAAGAGUGGGUUCCAUCACAUCACGUGUGUGGACUUUUCUGGCGCGGCCAUUCGAAGUAUGAUGGCCAGGCUUGGAACGACCACUCAAAACCUUCCCCCCAUUCAAUACUUGCAGAUGGACGUGCGCGAUAUGAGUGCUCUCGCAGACAAUUCGUUUGAUGUGGUCAUCGACAAAGGGGUGCUGGAUUCGGUGGUGUGUGACGUCUCCAACUCGGUGGGGGCGACCAAAAUGAUUGCCGAAGUGAGGCGCGUGCUGCAAGCGAAAUCCAGUGUAUUUUUCGUCUUCUCCACGGGGUCUUAUGCCACCCGCGUGCCGUACAUUAUUGAAACAUCAACGGCAGUUGCGCCGGAGUGGCAAAUUACUCCAGUUGUGUUGGGUACGAUGGUCAGCUCUUCACUGUGUGACGACGAGUCUCGAGGGCAAUAUCGUAAAUGGUGAUUAGGCCAGCCGUCGCAUGUGUUGGCAUUGAUGUUGCGACCGCAGGACAGUACCAGUCCAGAGAGUGCCAAUGGGGCAACCACCGCACCCAAUGCGACGAUGAAAGAGUAGGACGCACCGCGGGUAGGGGUGGUGUCACGAAUAAAUAAUGCACGUUACCUUGGUCGCAAUAGCGGUAACGUUAACGUUACUGUAUCUAUUACUCGUACGAAUAACUUACACUACAAGCAAAGCUACUCUGCAGGGGUAGUGGGGGUGGGGCGUCGAAGGCAAGAUUCAAGUCCAGGAAGUCGUGUAGUGGGGCCAAGCGACGAUGAGAUAGCGGUACAACCUCGUUGUGCAGUUGAUAGGGCCAGUUCGGACAGAAAGUCCGCUGCCUGAUCGACUUCGCGUGGCCCAUGCUGUCAGGCGAUAUGGCCUGAAGCAUUUCCAUUGAUUAUCACCGUCUUUGAAGCCAUCGUUUAGUAGUCAAAACACAAAUUUCACGUGGAGAAACUCUAGCUAGUACAACCUCUCAACGUUCAAUGAGCAACUUGUUGUCG